GUAUGAGAACAGCUGUUGCCUGCGUGGGACAUUGAUUUUUUUUCUUUCAUAUAAACGUACGAACGAAACAACAAAAAGCAUUAUAAUAUUUUAUAAAUUUGUGCUCAUUUAUCACAGAAAACUCAAUGGAAACACUGUUGAAGAGUGUGUAAAAAUACAAGUGAAACAUUUUAAAAAUUAAGCGCUAUCUUUAAUGAUUGCGAGCGCAUUUAACGAUUGAAAACAAAAUCUAAAUUUAUUUGCGGCACAAGUGUGUACGUAGCAAUUUAUUUAUAAAGUGUUAAAUGUAAAAUGCGACCGAAUUGCACAUUUAUCACCCCGGUAUUGUUAUGGCAUGUGUGUGUGCUGCUGACCUGCUUUUGUCCCAGCGUGGUACUAGGAAACCUCAAGGUCAUUUAUGCUGUGAACGCUGGGGGUCAAGAACAUACUGACAAACAUGGCAUACAUUAUAGUGCAGAUCCUUUGCAUGGACGUAUUGGAACAGCAUCCGAUUAUGGUAAUCACCUGCUAUUGAUUGGCCGUGUGCCGGAACAAGAUGAAGUGCUUUAUCGCACUGAACGUUAUCAUACAGCGACAUUCGGCUACACAUUGCCAAUAGACGGUGAUGGCGAGUAUGCGUUGAUAAUGAAAUUCUGUGAAGUCUAUUUUAAUGAGCCAAAUAAAAAGGUCUUCGAUGUGGUUCUGAACAACAAACAUACUGUAGUAAAGGAAUUGGAUAUAUUUCAUCAAGUAGGCCGUGGUACGGCCCAUGAAGAGUACGUUUAUUUCAUCAUCUCUAAUGAUCGACUAUACUACAAAGAUGAACAAUCGGACAUACGGAAUGGUGUAGUGCGCUUAGAUUUCAUUAAAGGCCACUAUGAUAAUCCAAAAAUCAAUGCCUUUGCGUUACUCAAAGGUGAUGUGGCAAAUAUUCCUCGAUUGCCGCCCACAUCGGAUGAUAUUCUCCCGAUCGAUUCUGAUAUGGCAGUUUUUAAUGAUCGCGUCUCUGCGGAGGGUGGCGGCAAAAGUGAAAUUUCAUCGGACCAACUACCGGAAAACCAGCAGCGCAGUAGAGAUUCGCCGUCUUCAGUAGAUGAUGAUAUAUUUGAUGAAGAUGAAGAUAAUGAAGAGGAAACAUGGACAAAAAAACGUAAGGUUAGUGGUCCACGGCAACCGGACCCCUACUCCAUGGACGAUUCUUCAGUUAUGUUGCCAGUGUUCAUAGCGAUUGGUGCAUUUAUACCAUUGCUCUUUUGUCUCUGCAAAUUGUGAUUUGUUAUUACGUUGUGUACGUAAGUUAUUAAAGAACAAAUGGUACUAAGUGGAGCGGAUGUGUGAUGUAUGCGGCUUUUGUUCACUCUCGUUUAUACUGAAGUUUCACAUUUGUUGGAACACCGGAUAUUGUUGCUAAGUCCAACAGCUACAUUUAAGUUCACUAUUUAUUUGAAGUUGCACCUGAUCUCCUUGGUAUAUAUGUAUAUGUUUUUUAUUGAAAUAUUUUUCUUCCUGUUCUGACACAUUUGCUUUAAUUUUCAGUAAAGAUGUUAUUAUUGAGUUUCA